UUAGCGCAGUUUCGGUAGAGUCAGUCGUCGUCCCCUGCUAUGGGGUUCAUUCAUUAAACAUAGAAAAGUGCAUUAGGCAAUUAGAAAAUAUUUACAUAAAUUCAUUAUUUAGUUUUAAAAUUUCAUCAUAACAAGAUUUUUAUUACGAUAUUCUAUAACAACGAGAAUAAAAAUGUGUGGCAAUAAAAAUUGAAAACAAAUAAGAAAAAUAUACAAAAAAAAAAAAAAUAAAUUAAUAAAUAAUUAAAAAAACAAAAAAAUAAAAAUGAAAGAAAGUUAUUGUGAUUUUAUGGCUGGUUGUUUUGGUGGUGCUUGUGGAGUAUUAAUAGCACAUCCUUUGGAUACUAUAAAAACAUGGCAGCAGGCCUCAAAUACCUCAGUACCCACAGCCACGCAACAGAUCUACAAACGUAACAGAGGGAUCAAUGGAUUUUAUAGGGGUAUGUUUUUUCCAUUUGUCACAACGGGCGCCAUUAAUUCGAUUUUAUUCGGGGUGUAUGGCAAUCAUUUGCGGCAGCUGAGAAUGGUGUGUCACAGUGACUAUCAACGGGAACAAUUGGAAGAUAAAAAUAUAUUUGUGGCCGGUUCGGUGGCAGGUUUUGUGCAAUCCUUCAUAGCCUGUCCCAUAGAAUUGAUAAAAGUGCGUCUACAGACCCAACAUUUUUACAGCGAUUACGUCUAUGGCAUACGCAGAACCACGUAUGGUACGUUUAAAAAGAUCUUACAAACUGAUGGUAUAUCGGGACUUUAUCGCGGCUUAAUACCCAUGAUGUGUCGUGAUGUCUUUCCUUAUGGUAUUUAUAUGUUGGCUUAUCGUCAUACCACUACGUAUAUAGAUGAAACUGAAUUUGUACAAAAUCGUCGGCGUUUACGCAAAGAUGAUGAGGCUAAAGUGGAUUUUGUGGUAACAACAUUGGCUGGCGCCUGGGCUGGUAUUUUAUCGUGGGUUUGUGUUAUACCAUUCGAUGUGGUCAAGACCAUAAUGCAGGCUGAAGAAAGUCGUCAAUAUCGUAAUAUUUGGCAUUGUCUAACGAAGAAUUUUAAGCGUUAUGGUUGGCGUAGAUUAUUCCGCGGUAGCUGGAUGCUGGUGGUUCGUGCUAUACCCUUUAAUGCUGCUACCUUUGUGGGUUAUGAAUAUGCUCUUGAAUGGUGUCAUAAAGUUUGGCAUAUACAAAAAUCUGCCCCUAAAUUUAUUUAAGUUUUAGUUUUUAUAACUUUUAAUUGGUAGAAAAUCAAUAUUGGCUGUGUAAAUUAAAUAAAAUUAUUAGAAAUAUG